UCAAGUACGUUCCUUAUGGUUUCCGUCCAUCGCCUACACCAGAAUAUGAGAUAUGACCAUGCAUAUGACCAUGCGAAGGGCUACGACGCUAGCAAUAAUCACAACGAGUUUUUCUUUCACUCAGAGUUGCAUACACUGGUGAUGCUUGGCGCGUGAGCCUUGUUUUGGUUGCGUUGCGCGCGCGGAUGGAAGACGAAGAUUGCCAUUCCAAUAGUUUCAUUUUUCUUGUCGCUUCGUCGGUGCAUGAACGUCGCGUUUGAUAGACAGCCCAGAAUCUGCAUUGAAAUGGAGUCUGGAUUUAUCGAGGCAUUUGCUGUCAUGAAAACGAAUGAUACAUCCAGUUCGAACACGUCCAACGGCGAAGUAUAUGGCCCCGCAAAUAUGAUUGAAAAUGGCUACUGUGAACAGGAGCUGAACUGUGAACCACAUCUGUUGCCAUCUUCUUGUGAUGAAGGAAGCAGUGCAUCUGAUGUGGAAGAUGAUGAGUGGAGACCUUCGCCCAGGAAAAGACCCCGUAAGACAGCAUCUGUGCAGCGGUCACAAGCAACGCGGCUCGUGCGAAGACGCAAGCAGGUAUCGAAUGGCACGACUGAACAACUGUCCUGCACCUUUCCUUAUGCUGAAGAUUUGGAGAACUUUCCUCCAAGUUUUGCAAAAGAGAAAGCAAGGAACAGUGAGCGCAUGAAGGCAGUGUGGGCAGGGUGUUCAGCUACUGGACCAAGGCCGAUGGGCCCGUUAGCCUCAUGGCAGCAACGCAAACUAGCUCGCCUCAAAAGGGCUCGUCACCGUGGCUGCGACAAGCUCUCUUUCCUCCGCAGAGAUGCAGUACGGUACCCUCUGUGCUGGUCAGACACUACAUUAGGAUCUGCAAUGGCUGGGAAGGCAAAGGCUGGAAUUGAUAGCGCUCCAGUUCCUAGCUGCAUUCUGCAGGAAUCGAGGCUAACAGCGUGCAAGAAGACACUUCCAAAUGACACUGGGUGCAGUGAGAUGUGGAAAGAGCCUGACAAAUGCAUCGGCUUGAGGAGUGGACCGCACCGUGCAUGCCGGCCUAAACUAUUCCACAGCAGUUUUCAGUCGGACGACGAGGACGCCUUUGAAAGGAGUGAGAAGCAUUUGAAAUUGAGGAGAAAUGGUGCCAACAAUUUUAAAGAGGCGGGAAUUCCCCCAAUGCCUAAUUCCAGACCAAGGUUACUUCAGAAAAGACCGGUAGAAAAGUGCUCCCUUUCAGAUGAGUCCCCAUGUGUCCCACCAGAACCCCCACAGGCCCAUCGUCCGCGCCUCAAGUUCCGUUCCUUGGCUCCGCGAAUGUUGAGCAGAGGCAAUUACGUCGUGGAGAAAGACUCAAAGGAAUCUCCGGAACGGCCUGUCGAGUCCACAGAGGUGACACGUUGUUCAAGAAAAAAGAAGCUCUCGUUGGCAGCUAAACAGAGGUGGGAACGUAGGAGGGCAAAAAAUGAAGCUCUAAAUGGACAAGGUGUACAUUGUGCAGUGCCACCAUUCCCACUGUCUAAUGAAAGCUCUGUGCCCAAGUCCGCAAUUAUAAAGGCUGCAUUCGUGCUACCAGCAAAGCUUCGAUGGAAGUGGAACAAUGGCUGCUCAGAUCCUUCCAGUUGUGAAAUCAAAAAUGAAUCCCAGCCAAUUGUAAAUGAAGAUAAGAAACGGGAAGAAGAGAAGAAAGAGUAUUUCUCAAUGCCAGCCAAAUUACGGUGGAAGCAUGGGCAGGCAGCUCAGGAAGAACAAUAUACUGACACUUCUCAUUGCCACAGGCACGACUCAAGCAGCAUUUCAGAAGGUGCCGCAGUGCCGCAGGAAGACAAAGUAAAUAGGCGUUCACACGCCAAGAAGCUGUGGUGGCAGCGUAUGAAGACCUUCACUGCGGAGAGCACACUUGGUCAGGCACCGAUCCCAAAGUUUCUCCAAGCGGAGCUCUUCCCCAACAUACGAAUGAAGCGCCGGAAAUCUCUGUCGGCCAGAAACGAAAACCACUCGACCGAGGCGGCCGAGCCCAGCAAGCGGUCGUUGGCGAUGAAGGAGAACUGGCGAAAGAGGAAGCAGGCCUGGAUUCAAGCAGCUGCAAAGUCGGUGGCUGCAUUCACUGCAACCCCAUCAAACCUUGCAGCCGACCUUACGAGCUUGGUGGAGCUUGGAAAUGCAACUGAACUGGCUGAGAGCAUGUUUCUUACCCAGUGCACUGCGGAGAUGACUCUUCUGGAGAGCACCAGGAGCCGCAAUUCUUCUCGGCACUACAACACUAAAGGCGUUCACAUUGCCAGCAACCAGGACCUGUGCGAUUGCUUGGACUUGUCGUGCCCAGGGUGUCACUACCCCUGCCCCAAGUGCAGGUCACCCAAGUGCGGCCACGAAUGUCGCUGCUCUCGACAUUUUGUCUAUGAGCAGAUAGAGAUCGAUGGUACAGACACAGUAAUUAAGAACCAACUAUUGUGAAUUUUUUUUUUUUAGUGCCUGCCCUGAAAGAACAGUGCAUCGCUUCACAUCCUGGUGGUCGUUUUUUUUUUCUUUUCUUUUAUGUGUACAAAGUUCACAAAAAAUAAACGUUUUGCACAAAGUGUAA